UAAUGAAACUAAUACAGAUAGAGCUUUUUGAACUGAGUUCAGUGAUGGGAAUUUUCCGAAAAUUUUCUGAAUUCCGAAAAUUUCGCCUCAUUCGAUUUUCUAGCAAAAAAAUUCAAAAUUGUCCUGACAUAAAAAAAAAACUGAUUGUAUCUAUGAAUUCGUCAUCCAUUUUUCUUAAAAAGUAGACAUGUUUUAUUACAUUACUACUCAAAGAAUGCGAAAUAAGAUAUCUGAUUUGUUUGAACACGCUUUCAUCUGGUCUUUUAAAAAAAAUGUCGCGUUUCCGGUAGCUUAGGCUAUUGUCUAGAACUCUAGUCUCUAGAUUAUCAUCUUGGUCUAGAUAGAUUCUAGAUAAGAUAUCUAGUUUCUUUAAUUUGAAUACUUUUGGUUUUCACAGGAACAACUUGUAGAGUUGCAUAGAUACACUGUUUUAAAGAGUCUCAUCAAUAUUUUAUCAUGAUAUCUAAUCAAAAUCUAUAUAAAAUGACAUGUAAGAUUUUGAAAUGGAUCUCAAAUUGUGUUUACAAAGACAUCUGAAGAACUAAUUCACUUAAUGUCAAUUAUGGAUGACAUGAAACAAAACUUAAAUGAACUCAGAACUGUCAUUAAAACUGAGAAGAUAGAAAGGUCUCUGCCUUUAGAGACACUGGAAAACAGUUUAACUGGUCACAUUUUCGAAUUUAUUUUGAAGGAAGAGGCACAGACAUCUGAAGAACUAAUACACCCAAUGUUGGAUGACAUAAAAGAAAACUUCACUAAUGAUCUCGAAAAUGUCAUAAAAAUUGAGAAGAUAGAAUCCUCUUUACAUUCAGAGACACCAGAAAUUACCUCCACUGGUCAUACUGCUGAAGAAAUUUCUGCAGAAGAAAGACAGUCAUAUGAAGAACAAAGUCACUCAGUGUUGGAUGACAUUAAACAAGACUAUACAAAUGAUCUAAAAAAUGCCAUGAAAAUUGAAAAGACAGAAUCCAUUUUACAUUCAGAGACACCAGAAAAUAUUUCCACUGGUCAUACUUUAGAACAAUUUUUAGCAGAAGAGAAACAGAAAAAAAUGAUAAAUAAGAAUCAAGAAUGGACUUUAAACCAAGAUAUGUAUGCUAGAAACACCAAGAAAGAUUGGUAUGCUCCAAACUUAAAUGAUGAGGGAGAAUUUUCUUAUUACAAAAGAACCAACCAGCUGAUUUACGAAGAUGAAAAAUUGGAGCAAUUUCAAUUGGAUACAGAAAAAAUCUCAACUUCAUUUAAAGUAAAAAGAAAUAAAAUGAAUCACUUAAGUAAGAAGCCAUUUAAAUGUAAAAUAUGUCAGAAAGAAUUCAAGUACCCUUCUAAGUUUAAAUGCCAUGAACUAAUACAUUCUGAUAAAAAGCCAUUUAAAUGUCAAAUUUGUCAAAAAGAAUUCAAACAGCCCUCCAUAUUAAAAUGCCAUGAACUAAUACAUUCUGGUAAAAAGCUAUUUAAAUGUAAAUUUUGUCAAAAAGAAUUCAAACAGCCCUCCAUAUUAAUACGCCAUGAACUAAUACAUUCUGGUAAAAAGCCAUUUAAAUGUCAAAUUUGUCAAAAAGAAUUUAAUCAGUCCUCCAUAUUAAAACGCCAUGAACUAAUACAUUCUGGUAAAAAGCCAUUUAAAUGUAAAAUUUGUCAAAAAGAAUUCAAUCAGUCCUCCAUAUUAAAACGGCAUGAACUAAUACAUUGUAAUGAAAAGCCAUUUAAAUGUCAAAUUUGUCAAAAAGAAUUUAAUUAUCCCUCCAUAUUAAUACGCCAUGAACUAAUACAUUCUAAUGAAAAGCCAUUUAAAUGUCAAAUUUGUCAAAAAGAAUUCAAUCAGCCCUCCUUAUUAAAAUGCCAUGAACUAAUACAUUCUGGUAAAAAGCUAUUUAAAUGUAAAUUUUGUCAAAAAGAAUUCAAACAGCCCUCCAUAUUAAUACGCCAUGAACUAAUACAUUCUGGUAAAAAGCCAUUUAAAUGUCAAAUUUGUCAAACAGAAUUCAAUCAGUCCUCCAUAUUAAAACGCCAUGAACUAAUACAUUCUGGUAAAAAGCCAUUUAAAUGUAAAAUUUGUCCAAAAAAAUUCAAUCAGUCCUCCAUAUUAAAACGGCAUGAACUAAUACAUUCUAAUGAAAAGCCAUUUAAAUGUAAAAUUUGUCCGAAAAAAUUUACUCAGUUCUCCAACUUAAAAUCUCAUGAAUCAAUACAUUCUAAUGAAAAGCCAUUUAAAUGUCAAAUUUGUCAAAAAGAAUUCAAUCAGCCCUCCAUAUUAAAAUGCCAUGAACUAAUACAUUCUGGUAAAAAGCUAUUUAAAUGUAAAUUUUGUCAAAAAGAAUUCAAACAGCCCUCCAUAUUAAUACGCCAUGAACUAAUACAUUCUGGUAAAAAGCCAUUUAAAUGUCAAAUUUGUCAAAAAGAAUUCAAUCAGUCCUCCAUAUUAAAACGCCAUGAACUAAUACAUUCUGGUAAAAAGCCAUUUAAAUGUAAAAUUUGUCAAAAAGAAUUCAAUCAGUCCUCCAUAUUAAAACGUCAUGAACUAAUACAUUGUAAUGAAAAGCCAUUUAAAUGUAAAAUUUGUCAAAAAGAAUUCAAUCAGUCCUCCAUAUUAAAACGUCAUGAACUAAUACAUUGUAAUGAAAAGCCAUUUAAAUGUAAAAUUUGUCAAAAAGAAUUCACUCAUACCUCCUACUUAAAAUCCCAUGAACUAAUACAUUCUGGUAAAAAGCCAUUUACAUGUAAAAUUUGUCUGAAAGAAUUCACUAUGUCCUCCUCCUUAAAACGCCAUGAGUUAGUACAUUCUAGUAAAAAUUCAUUUUAAUGUAAAAUUCGUCAGAAAGAAUUUAUUAAUUCUUGCAGUUUUAAGCACCAUGAGAUGUUCCAUUCUUGUAAAACAUACAGAGUGUGACAUGUGUCAACAAAUUUUAUUCACUAAAUCAUAUUUAACAUACCAUCUAGUUCUUCAGUGUGGAAUAAAUAUUUAACUUUUUUAAUGUCACAUGUGUUGUGUUAGAAGGAAUUUUUAAAAUCCUCAUGCUUUAAAAUUUAUAUAUGUUCAUUCAUUUUGAUAUACAUUAGUUGAUAUGAUUGAUUAACCUUAAAUAAAGAUUUUUGACAUUCGGAAUUUUGAAGAAACAAUUUAUAUAUAUUCUGAGACAGUUAGUACAUUCUAGUAAAAAUUCAUUUUAAUGUAAAAUUCGUCAGAAAGAAUUUAUUAAUUCUUGCAGUUUUAAGCACCAUGAGAUGUUCCAUUCUUGUAAAACAUACAGAGUGUGACAUGUGUCAACAAAUUUUAUUCACUAAAUCAUAUUUAACAUACCAUCUAGUUCUUCAGUGUGGAAUAAAUAUUUAACUUUUUUAAUGUCACAUGUGUUGUGUUAGAAGGAAUUUUUAAAAUCCUCAUGCUUUAAAAUUUAUAUAUGUUCAUUCAUUUUGAUAUACAUUAGUUGAUAUGAUUGAUUAACCUUAAAUAAAGAUUUUUGACAUUCGGAAUUUUGAAGAAACAAUUUA